AUGAACCAGACGACGGGGUUGGCCCACCGGCCCGCCCACCGCCUGGCCCGGUGGCUGUGCCUGGCCCUGACCCUCUGGACGACCUCGACCGCCGGGAGUUCCUCCGACCUCUCCUUCCGCUUCUCGCACCACGACAACGAGGAACUCGCGAGGGAAUUGUACAAGGUCCAUGCGAAGUGUCCGGGGAUCUCGAGGAUCUACACCCUCUCCGAGACUUCCGUGAACGGCGUCCCGCUCUACGUCGUCGAGAUCACCGAGAACCCAGGCGUUCACGUUCCGACGAAGCCCGAGUUCCGUUACAUCGGGAACAUGCACGGGAACGAAGCGACGGGACGGGAACUCCUCAUCAAGCUGGCCCACCACCUCUGCGACGAAUACAACGCGGGGAACGAGGCGAUCAGGAAUCUCGUCGCAUCCACCCGCAUCCAUCUGAUCCCGUCGAUGAAUCCGGACGGAUACGCCCUUGCUUAUUCCACCGGAGGGAGAGGAUACCUGACGGGGAGAAUGAACAACAACAGCGUGGAUCUGAACCGGGAUUUCCCCGACCUGGACAGACUCAUGUAUCGCAACGAGAGGAGACACGACGUGAGGAACAAUCACCUCCUGGAGCAGAUGAGGACAUCCGAUCAUUUCGGCUACGCUUCCGUGGAAAUGAAGCGGGUGGGGACCGGUGGGGACUGGUGGGGACUUUCACUCGCGUCGGCCCCGUCGGCCCCCGUCGGCCCCUUGUCGGUCCCCCCUAGUCCCCCUUUGAAUGCGCUGCGGCUCUACCGGGUGCAACCGGAGACGAAGGCCGUGAUGGACAUGAUGUUGGCCAUUCCGUUCGUCCUGUCGGCGAAUCUUCACAACGGCGCCCUGGUGGCCAACUACCCCUACGACGAAUCCCGAUCCGGAUUGCCUCAGGAAUACUCCCGAUCGCCGGACGACGAAGUCUUCAGGUUCCUGGCCCGGUCGUACGCGGAGAAGCACCCGGAGAUGAGAGAUCCCGCUUUCCCCGGCUGCGACGCCGACGACUCCACCUUCGCGAAGAACGGCGGAAUCACCAACGGGGCUCAAUGGUACAGCGUCUCCGGAGGGAUGCAAGACUUCAACUACCUGGCGACGAAUGACUUCGAGAUCACUUUGGAAUUGGGCUGCGAGAAGUUCCCAGACCCAGCCACCCUCGAGAAGCAGUGGAAUGACAACAAGGACGCCCUCAUCAACUUCAUCGCCAUGAGCCACAUGGGAGUGAAGGGGCUCGUGAGGGAUGCAUUGACGGGUGAAGGAAUUCCGGGAGCCACGAUCAUGGUCAAGAAUAUCACCAAGGUCAACAGCUCCUUCGCCAGGAACGAAGACAUCCUCCACGACAUCUCCACCGGGCUGGACGGUGACUAUUAUCGUCUGCUGACGCCGGGAGAGUACGAGAUCACGGUCUCCGCCAACGGGUACAUGGACGAAAGAGAAAAGGUGAUCGUGGGACAUCCCUCGGUUGAGAAAGGCGCGAUCAGAGUGGACUUCUGGCUCCCCGUGGCCCCCCUCAUGCCCUCGCAACGCCGCUUCCCGAAACCAUGGAUCUUCAACGCCCUGGAGGAAAUCACCGGGGAGUGGCCGCGCUUCGAGAGGAGGAGGAAGAAGAGAUCCCCACUGAUUUAAAUGUGUUCCCUGGAUUCCCAAAAGAAAAAUAGGAGAAAGCAGUAAAAAAAAAAAACAAUCAUAAACAUAAGCGUCAGAUGCGAAAAGACCUACCUCAUUUGAAUUCAGUUCAAAUCAGCUCGAGAAUUUUAAAUUCUAUGACCACGACUACGUAUUUUGUUCUCCCCGGGAUUGGCUAUUUGGAAUGUGUAUGAAAUGCAAGCAUCUCAACCGAAGUCUAUCUUUUAAAUCCGGAGACCAAGUUUUUUUGGCGAAUGUUUUUGAAAAACUGCAUGAUGUGUCUCUACACGCAAAUUGGGACACGAGAAAAAUCACCAACCACCCAUGAAAAUUUCAAUGAAUGCGUUUUUUCUUCUGGAGGAAAAAAUUUUUUUUUUAUCCAAACCAAGAAAUGAAAUUAUCGUGUUUUCUGGUUGAAGUCUGCUUCCGGAAUGUGUGCAAAAUUUUGGCUCAAGAUGGGCUUCUUGUUUCGUAUGCUUAAAGGGAAAAAGAGCACGUUUUUCAUCCGAGAAUAGCUCGAUACGUAAAGGUCGCAGCAUGAUCAUAUGCGGCUUGCGAAUUUGAUCCACAAAAAUGAGACAUCAACGAGAAAUUGAUCUUCAGUGGCACCAUUAAUUCAAUUUAUUAUUCAAGGCAUUAAUUCAAUGACGGGGAAUUCCCUUUUUGAAUCUCUCGCCCAACCGUUUGUCUGCCGAUGAAUUAGCAAAGAAAGGGUUUACGGAUUUAAAAAAUAGCCUUCAGGUUGGAGCUUGGAUGAGCUGCUUCUUCCGCGCACUAAAUAGCGUCCAAAAAAAAGGAUUUUGCAGAUGCUUAAAAAAUCAUUUUUGCUUUGAUCCCGCAGUGAGCAGUCACCAGCGAGUUCCCAAAUAGCCUUUCAAGCAACAACAGUGAGUCACAAGUCGCUGUAACGUCGCAGCUACAUUAUUUCAGGAAUCACUUUCGCUUCUUUGAGUGGGUCUGUGUCCUUUUUUCUGUCCUGAUUUAAUUCAAAUAUUUCCUCUCAGAUUUAGAUGUUAUAUUGAAGAUAUUAUUAUUAUGGGAUGGGUUGUGCUGUGUCAUACGCGUCAUCGAGGCAAAUGGAGUGUUGAAAGGGGAUUGAAGCUACGUCACAUUGCAAAAACGAUACUGCAAUAUUCCGAAGUGCUUUUGACUAGAGUCGCGGGACCAGAACGCACUCCAUUUGCCUUAACCCUUUCGUGCGUGAAUUUUUAAAGCAAAACAAAAAUAUGCUUUUUUUGCUUUAAUGUUUGAGACGGUAGUCAGCCGUUAGAAGACAACACUGAACAGAUGAUGCGCCUGGAGUGGACUGCAUAAAGUUUCGAGCCAUGUGCACCGUGGCUGAAAAAACCAACACCAGAACCAAAAUCAGACGUGGAGAUCAUGCACGAAAGGGUUAAAGCGUCUCGUUUGCUUCUUACUCUUGAUGUAUGGUAGACCUUACGUGUACUCUCUUCUUCAAACAUAUCUUCCUUGUGUCCCCUCUUCCCUUCAAGAUGGGUAACCGGAUUGUGUUGGUGGAGAUGGAACCGAAUAGUAUUAUUUUUUUAUGCGAUUCGUGAUAAACUCGAGCGGGGUCUCGAGGAGCUUGGCAGCCAUACUUGCAGAAGCAUUCCAAAUAUAUAUACUACUCACGACUUCGCGGCCAGCAGAAUCAUUCGCAUUCAGACAAAGAAGUAUUCUUGAACUUGGUUUAAAACUUUGACGCGAAUGUGGAUCGGAAUAAAAAGGAAUACUUAUCCCUGUA